GAUCCUACCAUGAGUGAUAAGAGAAAGGCAAAUCCGGACCGGGUAACUAACGAUACUCCCGAGACACGUGAAAUUCUCGUUCCAGCACUGGUGCUCAAUACCGAUCCGAAAGUCGUUACCAAAGCGUCCGAGUUGCUGGUGCCGAUCGACACGGAUGUGGUAGAAAAAAACCUCAACAAGGUCUUGGAGGCAGUGAAAACCGUUGAUCAAACGUGCGACUUCAAGGGAUGCAAACAAAAGACGAAUCUCGUCGGGACGGACUGCGGUCACUGCCGGGAGCGAUUCUGUUUCAAGCACAGCCUGCCGGAAAUACACGGUUGCGGUGAGGCAGUUAGGCGAAAGGAGCGCGAAGAGUUCCUGCAUCCUAUCACGGGAAAGGCGCGUCGAGAAAGGGAAGACAAGCAGAAAGCUCAAACCCGCCUAUCGCAGAAACUGAAACAAAUGUCGCUCGAACGAAAGCAGAAACCUACCGGAGGCGGUGCGAGCAGUUCGAGUCGUGGAGGAAGCAGCGCUGGCAGAGGAAAGAAACGAACGACCUCUUGAACUCGCCAAACUAUUGUUUCGCAAAAUUAUUAUUUAUUUACGUUUCUUAAGUGUAAGAAGAUGAAGGACCGUGCGCCGUUCAGCAACCAAUAAAUUCACGCUACUCCGUAAUUGUAGGUUUGAAUGUUACUUCCCACGCGAGCGUGUUUGCGGGUCCUCAAAACGGGACGAAAUAGGUGUCUAUUACCGGGCGAAGGGGCCUUACGGUACGUAGUUGGGAUUUUUUCGCAAAAUGCAGAAUCCUUCCAUGAUAGGGGUGAGUGAAAUGUACUCCUCGGUAGCUAAUUCGGCCCGUUCGCCCAUCGCCAACAGCACGGGUGUGGUGUGCGUCUGGAAUCCGGUGAUGGUUUUCGGUUUACCCGC